UUUUGGGGGGGGAGGGGCGAUGGCGGAGCCGCUGCUGCGCCGGACCUGGAGGCGCCUGAGGCGAGGGAGCGGAGCGGGGCCCGAGCGGAGCCGGAGGAGAGCCCGAGGGGAGGGGGAUCCGUCCAGAGCGGCUCCAGGGAGCCCCAAAAUCGCCUCGAGGAACCCCAAAAUCGCUUCGGAGAGCCCCAAAAUCAUCGUGGGGAGCCCCAAAAUCGCCUUGAGGAGCCCCAAAAUCGCCUUGAGGAACCCCAAAAUCGCCUUGAGGAACCCCAAAAUCAUCGUGGGGAGCCCCAAAAUCGCUCUAGGGAUCCCCGAAAUCGCUUUGGAGAGCCUCGAAAUCACCACGAGGAGCCCCAAAAUCGCUGUGAAGAGCCCCAAAAUCGUCAUGGGAACCCCAAAAUCGUCAUGGGGAACCCCAAAAUCGCUUUGGAGAGCACCCAAACUGCCGUGAGGAGCCUCAAAACCACCACGGGGCACCCCAAAACCGCCGCAAAGAGCCCCAAAAUCACCACGGGGAGCCCCAAAAUCGCUUUGGAGAGCCCCAAAACCGCCGCAAAGAGCCCCAAAAUCACCGCAAAGAGCCCCAAAAUCGCUUUGGAGAGCCCCAAAAUCACCACGGGGAGCCCCAAAACCACCGCAAAGAGCCCCAAAAUCGCUUUGUGAAGCC